UAAAACUGGUACUGCAAUCACACAGCUUGUGGCCAAUACGCAAAAUGACAACAUAAACAUAAUUUGAGGGCUGCAACUCCACUUUUUAAAUGACAAUAUCCUGGCCAGACCACUGUUGUCAGUGAUAUAAGUAUUUGAAAUGAAAAUGAUUUCUUAAUGUCUAGUGAUAUAUCAGGGCCAUAUUAUGAUUAAUUGAUAUAAAUUUCUUACAUACUGUUCCUUUAACAGAUUUAUGAAAAAAAUCAAUCUGGUAAAUUUUUACAGCCGUUUAAUUCAGUGGCCUUUUUGGUACACAAACAACCCAAACGGGUCGUGAAUGGGAACAACCCACAAGUGUUAAAUUCUUGUACAUGGAACCUAUUUCUAUUUAUCCCAGUACUGUACAACUCAAGAUAUUUGGAAUUGGAAGUGUCCCCCUCAAUGGUUAAAGAUUUUUGAGAAAAGAAACUUUCAUCAUUAAAAUUGAUAUGUUUACACUGCCAUUCGAUGGAUGGAUUGAUAGAUACAGACAUUAUGCUUUUUGUACAGUCAAAUAGUUAGAAAUGUCAUGAAUUUUUUAUAUACGUUGAAAUAUGUUAAUAUGCUUUUUCGUGAUUUAAUCAAAUGUCAUGUGAGCUGCUAACCAGCAAACAAUUUUGUCUACGCAAAGAUGAGUUUACUGAAAAGUUCAGCAAUAGAUGAAUCUCAGUUGAGCAUCACUGUACCCGCAGCCUCCUCCCCCUUUACUACAGACACGAGCUCUAGUGAAUCAUUCAUCGCUCGAGCGCAAUGCGAGCUGACUUUACACACACACACAUCUGUAGUACACUACACUACACUACCUUCAGUUUCUGAUCAUCUGCAUCUCUUCAGGAUGACACAUCUUCUUUGCAACGCCUGCCUUAUCUUGCCUGUUGCUUUACAUCUUCUGUUUUUCCCCAGUCCAUGUUCUGCUGCAGCCACUAGGAAGUGCGGCUCCAUCUAUAAAGGGUUCGCCCAGUGUCUGCUUGCUUUAGGGGACAGUCUUUCUGUCACCGCCCAAAGAGACGAAGAUACGCAGGAGAUUGACUCUAUUUGCAAGUCCUGGGAUGACUUUCACGACUGCGCAAAUGUCGCCAUGGCCGGCUGCCCGGAUGAAGCUGCUGCAGUGUGGGAGUCUCUGAGACAAGAGUCCAAAAAGAUGCAGUUUUCUGGGAACCUGUAUGAGAUGUGCUCCAGUCGUAGCCAAUCAGCAGCGGAUUCCCAAAGCCCGGAUGAAACCAAUCAGGAAUCAUUAAAGGGUCGCGCUAGUCAUACAAGUCUGAGCCAUUAUACCCUUUUGACCUUUUGUUUUCCUAUACUACUGUUUCCAUGGAUAUAAAUACAUUUCUCUGCUUUCUUAACAAGACUCACCUCAAAGCAAUCCAGGACAUUGACAAACAUAUUGACUGGUUAUGUUCUUGCAUCUCCUUAUAGGUCUCAUGAAUAAUAAGAUAUGUUACUUUUCAGAAAAAAAGAAAAGUUAUUUUCACACAUAGGAAGGCAAAAUCUUACUCUUAAGUACAAUAAACAUUAGGUGGACCAUAAUGCUCCUCUCCAUUGACCUGAUGAGGUAAAAAUAAAGACCCACAAUCAUUUCAGACUAAAUUAAACAAGUGCAUUGUAGUACAAUGGGUAUCAAAGUAAUGUAAAGACCUCCCAAGAAAGUCAUUAUUUCACUUCGUAGUUUAACCUUUUUUAUAGACCCCUGAAAGGAUUAGAUGAAAGGAUUACUACAAAUAAAAGUAAAUUUAAGCAACA